CUUUUUGUGCGUGCGCAUAAAUUUCCUGCACAGAAGACGCCAUUACAAACACGCGCAUCAAAGGGUUUUUGAAAACUUUAAAUAUUUUCAUUUUACCGAACCCAUCAUGCCCGAUAACAGAAUUUAUGUUGGUAAUUUGCCUCCAGACAUUAGAGCUCGAGAUAUAGAAGAUUUAUUUUACAAGUUUGGAAAAAUAACGUUUGUUGAUUUGAAAACCAGACGAGGACCGCCAUUUGCAUUUGUGGAGUUCGAAGAUCACAGAGAUGCUGUAGAUGCAGUUAGAGACCGUGAUGGAUACAACUACGAUGGUUAUACUCUGCGUGUAGAAUUUCCUCGUGGUAGUGGGCCAGGUGGCCCCAGUGAAUUUGGAGGCGGAUUCCGUGGUGGUUCUCGAGGCGGCUUUGGUGGUGGUGGCGGUGGUGGUGGAGGAGGAUUUAGAGGUGGAGGAGGAGGUGGUGGUGGUGGUGGUGGGCGGGGUGGACCACCUUCACGUAGAUCAGAAUACAGGGUGCUUGUUUCAGGUUUGCCACCCACUGGUAGCUGGCAGGAUUUGAAGGAUCACAUGAGAGAGGCUGGUGAUGUGUGCUAUGCUGAUGUCUACAAAGAUGGAACUGGAGUCUGUGAAUUCCUUAGGAAAGAAGAUAUGAAAUAUGCCUGCAGGAAGCUUGAUGAUUCCAAGUUCAAAUCACAUGAGGGUGAGACAUCAUACGUGCGUGUUAAGGAGGACACAGGCAGUGGUGGUGGAGGUGGUGGUUCUGGUGGUGGUGGGUACAGAGGUGGUUCAUACGGGCGCUCCCGGAGCAGGUCCAUGUCUGCACCCCGCAGAUCCAGGGGGUCACCAAGAUACUCGCCCAUGAGAUCUAGAUCACGAUCACCAUACUAGAGCGCUCACAAGUUAUGGGUCAUGUUGCAUAGACAUUCACACAUUUAUGGGGACAUUUUCAGGAUCGCUUAGAUUUGCAAUAUACAAGAAACACUUUCAUGUUACAAUUAGAAGUGUCAGUGUAAUAGUGGUAUUGAAAAACAUCUCGUUAUAUUUAAAUUGGUAAAUGUUUUUAGCAAAGAAAAAGGUUUAAAUAGUUUAUUGGCUUAGAAAAUUUACAAAGAACAUAGAAUGAAUUGUUGUACUUGGGAUUUUAUGUGUUGUAAAUGUAAUCGCGGUUUGCAUAAUUUCACUUCAAUCACAAAUUGUAAUUGCUUUUGUAUGUAGAGUAUAGAAUUUAUUGUAAAAUGUACUUAUAUGUAAUUUUUAUCUGUUUAUAUUCUAAAGGGCUCAUGGAUCAGGAUAAUGGAUCCAAGUAGGAGCCGGAUAUUUGGAGGAUACAGGAAUCCAUGGAUUAGGAUAUUUUGGAUUGCUCAUAUUUAUUCAUUCAUUACUUGGAAUUCAAUGGAUUUGGAGCAAACUUGUAAAUUCUAGGAUCAGGUGAUUGAAAACACUGCAUUUUUUGGAGGGAAUAAAAACAGAUGGAUCGGAAAACACAAUCUGGAUUGUUUGAGCAAUUUUGGGGAUUAAGUCUUAGGAGUUGGUAAGUAUGGGGAUAUUUUACUCCAAGGAGCCCUCAAUCUUUUGGUCUGCAGGCUGGAUUCUAUUCAAUCCUCUUAUUUGAAUCAUGCAGGAUAAGGAAACUUAACUUGGAUGUAAGAUUGUACAGUAAUAUUUGUGGUAGCAACACCCGGAUACAACUGAAGAACAGAGGAGGUGAUAAGAGGGUGUUGACCACUGCAUGUAUUACUGUGCUUGAAAUGUCUCUAUAGGUCACAUGCAUCAGGGAGGCUUUGGAUAUGCAAAAUGGAUUGGAAAUGGCUUGUUUUUGUGAGAAUAUUUUAUUGGAAUCCUCUAAUAUCUGGAAUAAUUAUUUCUAUGGAGCAAGGAACAAGGAAAUGUGUGAGGGAUUCGCAUAGUUGGUUUCAUUUUAACAAGGAACAAAAUCCAUUGAUGUCUUUGCUUAUGUAAGUAUCUGACCAUGUGUAUAUCUUGUUAGUUGGAAAUACUAUGGAUGAGAUACAUUUUAAAACGUUUUUAUACAAAUAAUGAAAAUAAAAUGCUUGAAACAAG